GAGUAAUAUAUCUUUAUUGAAACAAAAAAAGGUAAAAUUAAAAUCUCCGCCUCUCUCUCUUCUACAUUCUGCUCGCCGCUCCGAUUUCCUGCUGCGGAGAUCGUCGGCUCCCUUGUCGCCGGUCUCAUCGGAAUAUCUCCAGUCGAAGAAAUCCAAUCGAUUCACUGCGGUUCAAUUUCUUCACUCAUUGUUUCACCUGUCUCAUCGGAGAAUCUCCAGGCGAAAAAAUCCAAUCAAUUCACUGAGCCUAAGGUGUAGAGGAGAAGAUCAAAGAUUACAAUCUCUAUCAGCGGAGCGCUCUUUUACUUCAGAAACCAUGGAGGAUGAGCAUGAUGUCUCACAGCACAAUUAUGAAGAUGAAAUGCAGUUUAAUAGUAAAGAUGACAAUGACGAUGAUCUCAUAAUUCAAAGUAAAUAUGUGAUUGAUGGAAUGACGGAGCAGGAGAUUGCAAGACAACCGCUAGAAGAAAUUCCGUUGCAGCAAUGGAUUCAUUUAGUUCAUUACUGGUUCUCUAAUAAAGGGAAAAUUGGUUCGGAAAUAGGAAAGAGAGCACGUGCGCAGCAAGUGGCGCCUCACACAUCGGGAUCCGAAAGUUUUGCAAGGAAGAUGCGUAAAUUUAAAAAGAAAUAUAAAAGGAAUCCAGCUCCACUCGAGUGGUACUCGAUAAUCCACAAACAUAAGGAUGGGGCUUUUGUUAACCAAGCUUCCGAACAACUUGUGGUGCUGAGAUAAAGCCUGUACUGGACCAAUCAGCCGAUUCCACCAAGCAGCACUUUGUUCCAUGUAGGAGCAGCUAGCAUCGGCUCCAACGUUGCACAACUAGAUAUUAUCUUUGACAUUGGAUAUGUAGCAUCACAAAUUCUCUUAGCUGGCUUCUCUUUAGGAACUUCAGUUUGGAUCACCAUGUUAACACUUCCCCUCAAUUCGAUCC